AUAUCAGCCAGCCAGCGAUUCCCCUCUCUCUCUAUCUCUGACAAUGAUGUGCUGAUCUAUCUAUCGCUCUUCACAAUUAUUUAUCAUCUAACUCUCGCACAAAAUUUGAGCCCGAUUUUCUCUUCUCGAUUUCUAGAGAGAGAGAGAUUGAUUCGAUCCGACGGUAGAAGAUGGGAGAGCGGGAAGGGGGAUGUUGUCCGUCGAUGGAUCUGAUGCGCUCGGAGCCGAUGCAGCUCGUGCAACUAAUCAUCCCCAUCGAGUCCGCUCACCUCGCUGUGUCGUAUCUCGGCGAUCUUGGUCUUAUCCAGUUCAAAGACCUAAAUGCAGAAAAAAGUCCAUUCCAGCGAACAUAUGCUAUUCAGAUUAAAAGGUGUGGAGAACUGGCGCGUAAAUUAAGAUUUUUCCGCGACCAAAUGUCAAAGGCUGGAUAUGUGGCUGAAGUGAGAUCUCCAGCUGAAGCCAUUGUCAAUUUAGAUGACCUUGAGGUUAAACUUGGAGAUCUUGAGGCGGAGCUAGUUGAGAUAAAUGCAAAUGGUGAAAAGCUACAGCGUUCAUACAAUGAGCUAGCAGAGUACAAGCUUGUUCUGCAAAAAGCUGGUGAAUUCUUUCACUCUGCCCUCAGCAGUGCUGAGGCUCGUCAAAGGGAAUACUCAUCAAAUCAGGGUGGGGAGGAGUCCUUGGAAAUUCCCUUGUUAUCUGAGCAGGAAACAACAACCGAUUCAUCCAAGCAAGUUAGGCUGGGAUUUAUCACUGGACUUGUUCCCAGGGAAAAGUCUAUGGCAUUUGAGAGGAUUUUGUUCCGCGCUACUAGGGGUAAUGUGUUUCUGAGGCAGGUUGCUGUGGAUGAGCCAGUUGUUGACCCAGUGUCAGGGGAUAAGGUUGAAAAAAAUGUAUUCGCAGUUUUCUUUUCUGGAGAAAGGGCAAAAAACAAAAUCCUGAAAAUAUGUGAAGCUUUUGGAGCAAAUCGAUACUCUUUUAGUGAGGACAUCAGCAAGCAAUCUCAAAUGAUCACGGAGGUCUCUGGGAGACUUUCUGAGCUAAAGACUACAAUAGAUGCAGGACUUGUUCAUCGUGGAAACUUACUACAAAGUAUUGGUGAACAGUUCGAGCAGUGGAACCUCUUGGCGAGAAAGGAGAAGGCCAUCUAUCACACUCUGAAUAUGCUCAGUAUCGACGUCACCAAGAAAUGCCUGGUAGCAGAAGGAUGGAGUCCUAUUUUUGCAACUAAACAGAUCCAGGAUGCAUUGCAUCGGGCAACACAUGACUGCAAUUCUCAAGUUGAGGCUAUUUUCCAAAUCUUGCACACACGUGAGAUGCCCCCAACCUAUUUCCGAACAAACAAAUUCACUACAGCUUUCCAAGAGAUAGUUGACGCUUAUGGAGUGGCGAAGUAUCAGGAAGCAAACCCUGGUGUAUUCACCAUUGUCACUUUCCCGUUUCUUUUUGCAGUCAUGUUUGGGGACUGGGGGCAUGGUAUAUGCCUUCUACUUGCUACAUUAUAUUUUAUUGUCAGAGAAAAAAAGCUCUCCAGUCAGAAACUUGGGGAUAUCAUGGAAAUGACAUUUGGUGGACGUUACGUAAUUGUGUUGAUGUCACUAUUUUCAAUUUACACUGGAUUAAUCUAUAAUGAGUUUUUCUCUGUGCCAUUUGAAUUAUUUGCUCCAUCAGCAUACGUAUGUCGCGAUGCAACUUGCAGUGAGGCUGCCACUGUUGGCUUGAUCAAAGGGCGAGACACUUAUCCAUUUGGAGUGGAUCCUGCUUGGCAUGGUUCACGCAGUGAACUUCCAUUCCUGAACUCACUUAAAAUGAAAAUGUCAAUACUGCUUGGAGUCGCCCAGAUGAACUUGGGAAUAAUAUUGAGCUAUUUUAAUGCCCUGUUCUUCAAGAAUAGCAUAAAUACAUGGUUCCAAUUUAUUCCCCAGAUGAUAUUCUUGAACAGCCUUUUUGGCUAUCUUUCUCUCCUUAUCAUCGUCAAAUGGUGCACUGGAUCCCAAGCUGAUUUAUACCAUGUGAUGAUCUACAUGUUUCUGAGUCCUACUGAUGACCUCGGCGAAAACCAGCUUUUCGCUGGUCAGAAGACAUUGCAGCUUGUGCUAUUGCUAUUGGCCCUUGUGUCCGUCCCGUGGAUGCUGCUCCCAAAGCCUUUCCUUUUGAAGAUGCAACAUGAGAGGCACCAUGGAGAAGCCUAUGCACCCCUUCCAGAGACAGAGGAGUCCUUGCAAUCAGGGGCAGGCCAUAAUGAUGCCCACGGUCAUGAGGAGUUUGAAUUCAGUGAAGUUUUCGUACAUCAGCUCAUACACACAAUUGAAUUUGUUCUUGGGGCAGUUUCAAAUACAGCUUCUUAUCUUCGUUUAUGGGCGCUCAGCCUUGCGCACUCUGAGUUAUCCGUUGUGUUCUACGAGAAAGUUCUCCUUCUUGCAUGGGGGUAUAACAAUAUAUUCAUCCUUAUAAUUGGCAUUAUUAUUUUUAUCUGCGCCACCGUUGGCGUACUCUUGGUGAUGGAAACUCUGAGUGCCUUCUUGCAUGCGCUGAGACUUCAUUGGGUGGAGUUCCAAAACAAGUUUUAUGAGGGUGACGGUUACAAGUUCUACCCAUUCUCGUUCUCUUUGCUUGAUACCGAAGAGGAAUGAGAGUUUGCAUAUAGAUACAAUAAAAUAUUUGGUGAUUGAAUUUGCGUGAAUGUAGACAUUUCUUGAUUCUUUCACCUGGUGUCAUGUCAUGCAUAGAGAGGGAAGGCAGUAAUAUACUUUCAGAUAUGGAGAAUUUGAGGUUAUUUUUGUGUCCGAGUACCUCUCUAUGCGACUUUCUGCCCCUCGUAAUUGCCGUUGAGAGGAAUAAGCAGGCUUGUUUUGUGGCCUGUAUUUGCUUAUGAAGAAGAAUAGAAUGGUGUAAUUUAUAUUUAUUAUUUUAUUUUAUUUUAUUUAUGCAGCUUA